AUGGCGAGGGUAUACGUAGUACUCGAGAGAAUCGUUUUUCUUACAAUUUUUUUGGCAACUGCAUAUUUUUUCCUGGACUUCAUGGUUAUGUAUGAUAAUUCUAUUUGCUACUUGAGUAUUCCCUUACUGGCGCUUAUAUAUACUAUAUCGUACAUUUUGGCCAUAUUACCAGAAAUAGCAAACUCAGUUAAGUACACCUUAUUUUAUAAAACAAGGAAAAAAAAAAUAUACACGUACUCACUAAAAAAAGAUUUGCUUUCAAAGAGAAAGGUUAAUAACAAGGACUUAAAGAUUGAUAACUUAAUAGAUACCAGUUUUCUCUACAUGAAUCAGAAUUUUUUGGAUAAGGGAAACAUCGACAGACACAACGGGCAGAAUGAGCACCAAGGAUACAAACAUGGUGAGGUAAGAGGAAGAGGCAGGAAUGGUAACAGGAAUGGAAACAGGGAUGGAAGUAGGAAUAGAAGCAGAGUAGUGGACGGUAAAAGUUCCCGAGUGAGGAUAGAAAAUUCCGAUAUAGUGAACGUAGAAAACAACGAAGACGACAAUAAAAAUUUCCAAGGAACUAAUGGAAGUAGGAACAGAAAGGAUGUCAAUGGUAUAUUAAAGAAGAAUACACGGAGUAGGAAAAAAAAUGGGAGGUACAGCAAGAAUGAAAUCAAUGAUUAUGUUUUAAAAAAAGGAGGGAAUAAUAAAAAAUAUAUUAUAGAUAGUUGUGAAGAAUAUGAAAAGAUUUGUUUUAAUGAUCAAAGAAAAACGUUGAAAAUUAAGGAUAAGAUAAUAAAAUAUAUAGAACUGAAUGACACUGAGAAUGUGGUACAAUCAGAAGAAGAGUAUAAGCAGAAUGUUAAAAUAAUGAAAGAUGAAUAUAAAGUAAAUAUGAAUUCAAGCAUUGAGUUAAAGGAUGAUAAAAGAAAGAUUGGAUCCUUUCUAUAUGAUAAGAAAUAUUUAAAUAUGAAAAAUGAAGACUGUACAGAAGAAAAAGUGGAUUGUAAAAAUAAUAAAAAGAAAUAUUUCUGUUAUAUGGUUAAUAAAAUAUUUUAUAAAAAAAAAGGCUUAGAAACAUGGAAAACUAGUUAUUUUUCUGGUUUCAGAUCAAAUACAAAUAAUUAUACAUUACAUAGUUUCUAUGACCGAAAUAAACAUGUACAAAAUGAUUAUGAUUUUUCAAGAUGGCAUAAUCUUUUUCUUAAGUUUAUAGUAAAUAUAAAAGUAAUAUUUGUAAAAUUUUGUAAAAAUACUUCUUUUUUAAUAGCUGAUUUGAUCAUAACAUUCAUAUUACAUAUGGUAUGGGUUAAGGUACAUAAACAUUUACGUCGAAAUAAUGUAGAUAUAGACACAGGUAUGUUUAAUUGGAAUACUGAUUAUCUACCUAAGGCAUAUAAAACUGUUGAAGGAUAUUUGCAAUAUUUUAUUUUGUAUGACUUGUGCAUAAAAUUAUUUCUUUUUUUUUCUUCUAACCAUAUAUUAAGUUAUUGGUUUUUAUUAAACUUAAUGAAUACACCAUUUUUAUACGUUGCUGCCUCUUUUAUAACUGAUGUAAAAUUUAAAAGAUAUGGAUGGUUAUAUUUAUCUGGACCAUUUAGAUUUCUUAACUUUUUACGAAUUGAAAAUUUGUUUGGUCAGAACAAUUAUCACCAUAAGAUAAAUUUUCCUGUUAUUACUUUAUCAAUACAAAUACUAGUUGUUAUAUAUACAUAUGCGUGUAUACAUUUAUUAAUGGAACACCCAUGUAAAGGAGAUUACGAAAUAUAUGAUUAUGUUUUCUCUGGGAUGCAAACAGUAUCAACAGCUGGUAUGGGCAAAGGAUCAUGUUUCCCUUUCACAUUACAAACAAAAAUUAGUUAUAUAUUUUAUAUCUUUAUGACUUUUACAUAUAUACAAUAUAAAAUACGUUACUUAAAAAAUCAUAUGGUAGAAGAAAAAAAAAUAUAUGGAAAAAUUCCAAAUAUAGGAGCACGUUACUUUGUUAUAAUAGGUCAUAUCAAACCAAUAGCUCUUUAUGUAAUAAUCAACGAGUUGCAAUCCUCGUACAGUAAUUUGGAUGAAAUUAUUAUAUUAACAAGCUUACCUGUAAAAUUUUAUAUAAAUAUAAUACGUUUAUUAAACAAAAAAGGGGCUUGUAAAACAAGUUUAUGUUUAUACGAUUUAAAUAAACCAUUUCCUUUAAAAAUAAAAAAAAUCAUUUCAUAUAGUAGUGGUAUUUUUAUAUGCAAUAAUAUUAUUAACACACAUCAUAAUAUUAAUAAUGAUAUGGAAACAUUAAAGAGAUAUAAUGAAAUAACAUCGCUAGGGCCUUUCAACAAAUACAUAUCAGUUCUACUAAAUAACAUGUGUAACCAUAAUAUUCUACUUAAAAGGAAUAACAGAAAUAUAGUGUGUCUGAAUGACUUAAAAAUGAAGCUAUUUGCAAAAACUGUCGACGACUGCCCAGGCAUGUUUUUGCUAAUACUCUUAUUUUUCAUCAACACACCGCAGAAGUUAAAAUUUAAGCACACCUAUAUAUUAAACAAGUAUUUUGAUAACCCAGAAGAAAUCAUUGAACCGGAUAAGACUCCCUUCGGAAGUACCAGUGGAGCGGAAAGCGCUGGAAGCAAGAAGGAUGGGGAAAAAAAAAAAAAAAAAAAUAUAUAUACCAAGAGUGGAAGUUUUGGUAAUAGAGGUAGUCGUGAUAGUACCAGUAGUAGAGGAAGUCAAAGUAAUUAUGAUGAGGGUGAAUAUAAGCUUCACUUAAAGUUGCUCUCCUUUGUGAACUCAAGGAAGUACUUCACUGAGAAUGGUGUUCUCUCGAAAAAAAGCAAAAAGUUCAAAGACAGUAAUAACAGCAGUGGAAGGAAUGACUUUUACGAAAUUGAUAUUGCCAAAAGUGGUGAAAAGGAUGAGUCAAAAGAAAAGGAAGAAGCGGAUGUAGUAGGUGGAGAGAUAGGCGUAGGGGGUGAAGAGGUGAACUCUUUGGGGGGAGAAGUAGAAAUAGACGCUUCCAGGGGGGUAAAAGUCAACACUAAGGGAAAUACAAACGGGAAAAAUGUUGGAAGCAAGGGAAAGGAAAAUACAGAAGCAGUACACCUAAAUAUUAAUAAAAACAAAAAAAGUAAGUCUUUAUAUGCCAAUUUACAGAAAGAUACAAAAAAGAAAAGUAUGUAUAAAGGUUUCUUUUCACACAAUUUCGAUGAAGAUUUCUUCUACAGUUCUUAUAAUAAUUAUGUAAAUUAUAUAAAAGGCAUAAAAUAUAAUAUAUAUAAAAUUAAAUUACCGCCUUCUUUUUUUAAUUUUCAUUUUGUAACCAUAGUGCAGUAUAUGUAUAUGAAUUAUAAUGCUUACAUAAUAGGAAUAAUAAAUGACUACAAUGAGAUAAAAUUAAAUCCACUUAAUUUUGUAUACACAUCUAGUAAUACUUACUUUAUCGUACUAACAGAUAAGUAUAAUAUACUACAAAAAAUUCAAAAUAUUAAGAAAGUAAAUUUAGAUUGGAUGGAUAAUAUCGACUCUGUUAAAACACCAAGAAAUAAAAACCAAAGAAAUGCACCAGAUGAAGGAUCUGAAGAACAUAACACCAAUAAUCAAAACACAUAUUACUCAGAAAUGAGGAUUUUAAAAAAUGAAAAUAAUAUAUUUUUUAAUCCUGUUUUAAAUAUAUAUAGAGUAGAGAAUUAUUUACAAGCAAUUCAAAUUUUUAACCUAAGAAGGAAAAACGCAGAAGCACCUUAUCGUAAUAAAAACUCAUAUCCUAAUGGCACGUCGGUUAGAGGUACGUCGAAUAGCGACACUUCUGUUAGCAGCACAUCAAAUAGUAGCAACAGUCGUAAUUAUGAAAUGGACAAUUCUUCUUUACUUGAGGGAACUGAAAAAGGAGAACAACGAGUUAACAUAAAUAAGGAAGAGAUGAAGAAUAAGGGGAAGAAGAAGGAAAAGAUGGUGAACAAGAAGUUAGAGGAGGGGAAAAAAAAAGUCCCACAUGACCAUAAAAAGCAUAGCAAAAAGCAUAGCAGGAUGGAUAAAAGAGAAAAAUAUAACUGUAACUCCGAUGGAGAAAUAGUGCAUGAUGAAGGGGAUGAACUACAGAACGAAGUUCAAAAUGGUGAAAUGACACCUUGUGAAAUGGGACCUAAUCCAGUGCGACCUAGUCAAGGAAGCCCGUUAGAAAAGAAUAGAAAAUCAAGCGAGAAAAAUAGGGGAAGAGAAAAAAGUAUAAAAGGGGAAAACUCGCAACACACGGAUUUCAUAAUAUUGAUAUAUUGGCCAGAGUCGUUAAAUACAUUUCUAAAAGUGUUAUAUAAAAGAAAAAAUCAUAAUAUAAUUAUUCUGAGUGAUCAGAUACCAUCCUAUAUAUACAAUAAUAAAUUGUCCAAGUAUAAUGUGUGCUAUAUACAGAAAUCUCCUUUAAUUCUGUUCAAUCUAGUUGUUGCAGGCAUUUUACAAUGUACAAAAUGUAUUAUAUUUAAAAAUUAUUUAAAAUUAAAAUCACAUCAAAAUGUUAUAUCAUACAACGAAAAAGCGGAAAGCAUAAAUUAUUUUGAGUACAUGUGUGAAUAUAACGAUAGUGACUUGAUACUAAUUUUUAACAACAUUCAGAAUAUAUUUAGAAGGAGAGAUAUUAACAGUGCUUUUGUUGAAUACUACCUUAGAGAAAGCACAGAAACUAAUCUUUAUAAUGAUUAUAUAAAAAAAAAAUUGGGAAUACAAAGGGAUAGCAGUUUUCAUGAGAGCAUCGAAUCACUACGUAAUAAGAAACAGGAAAAGGAGAAAAAGAAAGAAAUGGAAGAAGUAAAUGUAGACGUAGAAGAAGUAGAAAAAAAGAAAAAGAAAAAGAAAAGAAAUAUUUACUUACUAAUGGAACUAAACAACACUUUAUCUGUGCAGUAUUUAAAUAACGAUGUGUAUGUAAAUGUUGAUACAUUUAAAAAAAAAAAAUCGAACGAAAUAAGUAUAAGCAAAGCACAUAAUUUAUUAUUUUUAGAAAAUUAUAAAAAGCAAAUUCAGUUUUUUAAAUAUGGAAAUCUACUUGUUGAAAAUAUAUACAAAAAAAUUGAACAUAUAUUUGUAGAUAAUUAUUAUUUCUAUUUAUAUUUUCUACAAUUCACAUCAGCUAGUUUGUUUAUUGAUGAGUUACUAUAUCACCUUAUUGGUUACACGUUUCCAAUCAAAAAUAAUUCCUUAAACAUUUCCGCCAUUGAAGCUUUUAUAGAUGGUACUUAUACUGAUAGUCAGAAAAAAAUGAAAACCAAUUUAUUGCAAAAAGCAGUUAAUCCAAAAUUCCAUUCGAAGCACUUCUUCCUCCUCUUUCAGAACUAUCUGAAAAAGGGCGCAAUAAUUAUUGGCAUUUACAGAUGUAACAAGGAAAAUAACAUGAGCAUUGUCAUUCCGUGCCCUCAGAGAAAUUUCAUAGUGCACAAGCGGGAUAAGGUACAUGUCGAAAAAAAAAUAUCAAAAAAAAGCAAAAAAAAUUGA